AUGUCACCCGAAAUUGAUCGUACUUCUUUCUCACCUAAAAGCGGGAGAUCACUUGAGUUUGAAGAGCACGAUGGUAGAUUGUAUAAUGGUGUUCAAGAGAACUACCAACUUCCAGCAGACAAAGAAGAGAUCAUUAGAUUGAAUUCCCAACAUAGAGCGUUGACAAUGUUGUUCGGUUCUCUCAUACCGUCAGCUAUCGUUGAGAACAUUGAAAAGCAAACGAAACCUAGGAUUCUGGAUGUAGGUUGUGGGACUGGUAUCUGGAGUAUUGAAGUUGCGUUAAAAUACCCUCAAGCGUUUGUCACAGGAGUGGAUUUGGUGUCCAUACAUCCUUCAAAUCAUUCAUCAAAUGUAGAAUUUGUGAAACUGGAUAUACUCGAUAGUUUCCCUGAGGGUUGGGAAGGUUCUUUUGAUUUGAUUCAUGCUAGAUAUCUGAUUGCAGGAAUUCGAGACUUCGCGCUACUCGUAUCCAGCUUGACAAAGCUACUAAGUCCCAAUGGACAUUUGCUCAUAAUUGAACCGCAAGCUCUAUACAGAACGGCCAGUCAAGAGAUUGAAGAGGCUUGUCCUGCUACGGCAAAAUAUGUUGCACUGGUCAAUCAAGCGAUGGCCAAACUUCAGAUCGAUCCAAAUCCGGGAAAAACAAUAUCGGAGUAUCUCCAAUCGGAUGGGAGAUAUGAUCAAGUCGUCACGAGAUCAUUUGAUAUGCCCUUAUCGCCAUGGUCCAAAGAUCUUACGUUAAAAGAAGUUGGUCAAGCGCAUUUACCCGUUUCACUUUCACUUCCAGGAGCAUUCAGGAGAAUAGUACUUUCAACCGAAGUCACGACGGCGGAUAUUUACGAUAGGUUGACGGUCGAAAGUAGGGAAGAGAUCGAUUCGGGCAAAGGAGAAUUGAGUUUACCUGUUUGGAUGACAUUUGCCAGUAAGUUGUAG